CGGGUCGUUGAAGCACGAAUGUUGUUUACUCGCCGUGUCAUCACUUACACUUGUGCGAAGCGCCGAUUUCAUGGUAUGGGACAGACUGUCGGGGCAAGUGCUCUUGGCGAGCACCAAUGAACGCCGGCACGGCACACGAGGGGGAGAGGAGGAGGAAGGAGGCGGUGGUGGUACCGGAGCGAUCGAGUCCGGCUGCUGGUGCCGCUAUUGGUGGCGGAGUUCUCCUUGGAGCCCGAGGCGCUCCCGACUCACCUCGUCUGCCCCCGUCUCUCGCCGUCUCGCCAUGGGUCCCAGCACCUGCUCGUGGCUGAUGUGGAUCCCUCUCAUCCUGCAGUGCGUGGGAGCGGCGUCGCUGGGAGAGAUGGGGCCGGACCCCCCCGCGGGCUGCGAGGGCGUCUAUCGCGGCAUGGGCGCGUGCCUCCUCCGCUUCGGGGACCAGGUCAACCGGCUGUUCGAGCAGGGCGUGAAGACGUGGCCCGGAGAGCGCAGCGUCUGCACCUACUGGGACGAGUACCACGAGUGCAAGGCGGAGGUGCUCACCGACUGCCCGCCGGACGCUGCGCGGAAGCUCACGUUGCUCCAGCAGGAGCUGGACCGCAUCAACGGCCCCGGGGGCCUCUUCCAGCUGUGCCACGUGCCCGCCGCUAACGCCGGGGCCGCCACGGCCACCGCGGCAUCGUCCGCCGCGUCCGCCCGCCUCGUCUUCGCCAUUGCCGCCGCCGCCGUCGUCCUGAACCGCGAGCGGUUGUGAGGGGACGGCGCCCCCCACUCCACCCUCCCCGGGCGAGACUCGGCGGCGUCCCGAAGUUCUGGUACACGCGCGAGCCACCACCACCACCACCACCACCCCCACCCGCCCUGUCCACCCACCCGGGCCGACGAAACGUGUACCUCUUUUUCCACUGCACAACCGAGCCGUGCCGGUGCCACGUUGUGUGUGUGUGUCUUUUUCUCCCCACUACCGAAGCCGAUCCGAGGCGCACCACUGACGUCGCGCGCAACUAGCAAGUCGAGACGCAUGUAUGUGAAGCGAUGGCUCGCACGCCAAAUAGCCAGUGUGGAAAAAAAAUCAAUACCCGUACCCAUGUGGGUGGCAUCUCAAAGUUGCGAUUCGCAUGUGGCCGUUUUUCACUGUGGCGACCGUGAGUUUUACGGACGACGUCGCUCGGUUGCCAUCUCAUCACUGGGGCGGAUCGCUCCUCUCUCUACCUUUGUGGUGGACCCCACCAGGGCUGGCUCUCGCGAUAAUGGCAAGACCAAAGGAUGCGGGCCUGCCCCCCCCACCCCCCCACCUCUUGUUGGUGUUCAGUCGUCGACGUUGAAAGCAGCUCUGAAAGCAAUGCCUGGAGAUGUGUCGAGGGGCCAUUCAACAUCGGGGAGCGCUGGGAUGAGAAUGUGCAGUUUGCCGCCCUCCCAACUGCCGAGCGUGCAGCAGCUGGAGCCGGCACCGUGUCUCGUGUCUCGCCGUUUAGCGCGCACCUCAUGUAUUGAUGACAAGAGUGAGAUAGCGCCAUUGGCUCGUCGGUUGGCUAAUCACGAACUGCUCAUAUCUUUAUUAUAAUCAUCAUCUUUUUAACUAACUCAGAAAACCAUUGUACAAAAAUUCAUCACGCAUAAAAUUUGACACCAAAACGUUUAUUUCGAAGUUCGUUUCAUCAACUUGCAAGUUAAAAAUAAAAAAUGGUUUUACAUUUUUGUCCCAAAAUUAUGGAGUGCUCCAUAAUGUGCGGGCGGAAGAAGAACACACUAAACACAAAAGCAGCUCUAAAGAAGAAUUUUCAAUUUAAAUUUAAUAGUGGCUUCCAAGUAAAUAAUAGACCGACUGCUUCCUGAGAGAUAUAUCCGGAUUUGGUCUUCAGUGCGAAAGGUGGCAACUCGAGUCGUCGCCCAAUGCCUAUGUCAUCUCGUCCAGACAUUUUUUGCACAAAAUAUUUGCUCAGUCACACGGGUAAAAUGUUGGGUGACAACUUUCCCUGUGUCACCCUGUGCCACCCUGGCUCAUCUGUAAAGGUCAACAUGUCAGUACCGAUCGGAGUAUCUGGCUUUGGCCUUUGACCUCUCGUAAGCUUGUGCAGAUCCACUAUUUGACAUUUUAAUUGAUUGACCAAAGCCGUUUAAAUUCAGCCAGCGGUGGCAGGGGAAAGGCCACAAAUCGCGUUUACAUUUGGGAACCCGGCGUAGCCACGCAUGGCUCGAACUCGCAUUGUGAGUAGCCACUUCAGUCGCCUCCACUUGCCCGUGUAACUCCACGUGGCCCUUGUCUCCCCCAGCGAAACAGAGGCACUAGAUCUCAACGGGCUCUCACCUGGAGAAAUACAGCGCGCCCAUUGAUAAUCAGCGCGUGGAUCUGGUGUGGGGGGGGGGGUGUUUGACGAUAACAGCACAGCGUGCCGGGGGUAAGCGAAUUAACGAGUGCUUUUCUCAUCCCAUUCCCACACACAUUCCCUCCACCCCCACAUUAAUCACCGUUAUUUACUUCCAAGGUGCAGGUUACUUUUAAAUUAGUUACUUCUAUGAAUUAUGCAGGUGUGGGUGUUUGUUUUUUAAACAGCAUUACUUGAGGUGCUCUCCUAAUGGAGUGGACCUGCAAAUGGGCGCUGGGUUCAAUUCUAGGUAAAGUCAGCCAAAUGAGAUGUCACCCCCCUCCUCACCCCCGCAUUUGUCACAAUUAAUUGUAGCGGUGGAUUGCGUUACAUUGUAAUAAUUAUGCAAAUGUAUUCAGUUUAUAAUUAUCAAUUCGGCACCAUCCUUCGACAUGUUUGUGGGUUGAACCCCGCGUUGAUGUUCGGCGCAGUGUCCCUCGCU